CGCUGGCUGCCUGCGCGGUGCAGGAGGGAGGGGAGCGGGGCCUGCGGCCGGCCGGUGCUUGCCGCCAAGCUUGGCUCUUUUAUCUGGGGUUUGCAGCUGUGCGUUUGAAGCUGAAGGAGCCCGAGAACAGACGCGGGGCUCCAUUCUGCGUUUGACUGAUGAAGAACCUGAGCCCGUAGAGCUAAAGUGGCAUAGCCCAAGGUCGCCCAGGUCCGCCCCUUCCCGAGCAGGGUCAUGCUCACCUUCAUGGCCUCUGACAGCGAGGAGGAAGCAUGCGACGAGCGGACGUCCCUGAUGUUGGCCGAGAGCCCCUCGCCACGCUCCUGCCAGGAGGGCCGGCUGGGCGAGGAGGACGGGGACAGUGCUGCUCAGUGGAGGGGCCAGGAGAGUGAGGAGGACUGUGAAGACGACCCUGACCACUACAUCUGUGGUGGGGUUCCCGGGCGGCCGGCAGGCCUGGAGGAGGAGCUGACACUGAAGUAUGGGGCGAAGCACGUGAUCAUGCUGUUCGUGCCCGUCACGCUGUGCAUGGUCGUGGUGGUGGCCACCAUCAAGUCUGUGCGCUUCUACACGGAGAAGAACGGUCAGCUUAUCUACACGCCGUUCACUGAGGACACGCCCUCCGUGGGCCAGCGGCUGCUCAACUCUGUGCUGAACACGCUCAUCAUGAUCAGCGUCAUUGUGGUCAUGACCAUCUUCCUGGUGGUGCUGUACAAGUACCGCUGCUACAAGUUCAUCCACGGCUGGCUCAUUAUGUCCUCCCUCAUGUUGCUGUUCCUGUUCACCUACAUCUACCUCGGGGAAGUGCUCAAGACCUACAACGUGGCCAUGGAUUACCCCACGCUCUUCCUGACCGUGUGGAACUUCGGGGCGGUGGGCAUGGUGUGCAUCCACUGGAAGGGGCCGCUGGUGCUGCAACAGGCCUACCUCAUCAUGAUCAGUGCCCUCAUGGCCCUGGUGUUCAUCAAGUACCUCCCAGAGUGGUCUGCGUGGGUCAUCCUGGGCGCCAUCUCCGUCUAUGAUCUUGUGGCGGUGUUGUGCCCCAAAGGGCCACUGAGAAUGCUGGUGGAGACUGCCCAGGAGAGGAAUGAGCCCAUCUUUCCUGCACUGAUUUACUCAUCUGCCAUGGUGUGGACAGUGGGCAUGGCAAAGCUGGACCCGUCCUCCCAGGGUGCCUUGCAGCUGCCCUAUGACCCAGAGAUGGAAGAAGACUCCUACGACAGUUUUGGGGAGCCCUCGUACCCUGAUGUCUUUGAGCCUCCCCUGCCUGGCUACCCCGGGGAGGAACUGGAGGAAGAGGAGGAAAGGGGCGUGAAGCUUGGCCUGGGCGACUUCAUCUUCUACAGUGUGCUGGUGGGCAAGGCGGCAGCCACGGGCAGUGGGGACUGGAACACCACGUUGGCCUGCUUCGUGGCCAUCCUCAUUGGCUUGUGUCUGACCCUCCUGCUGCUUGCGGUGUUCAAGAAAGCACUGCCCGCGCUCCCCAUCUCCAUCACCUUCGGGCUCAUCUUCUACUUCUCCACCGACAACCUGGUGCGGCCCUUCAUGGACACCUUGGCCUCGCACCAGCUCUACAUCUGACCUGCGGACGCCUCACCGGACGCAGCCCUGUAGUUUUACACUCUAGUGCCAUAUAUUUUUAAGACUUUUCUUUCCUUAAAAAAAUGAUACUGUGCUCACUUUGUGAUGAGAAACAGAAGCCGCUUUUUGGUGCUAGCUGUUUUGUCCCCAGACUCCGCCUCACCUGUGUGUGGGCCUCGUGUCACCCACAGAACUGGGAAGGCCGAGGGGCUGCAGGCUGGGAGAGGAUGCCCUUCCCCUCCCUAGAGGACCGGGGGCCUUGAAGGCACAGGAAGGAGGUGAGCAGUGAGCUCCGGGCUUUCUCUGUGGUGCCCCUGUUAUUUUAUUCCGUUUAGGAACCGAGUCCUGGUCUCCCUGCUGGGGCGUGGGUUAACGUGUACAUCAAUAAAGCGAUGCCUCCUGUCGUGA